AUGCUCCCCCGAAAGAGACAGCGACCAAACCCGGCCGGGGCUGCUGGCUCGUGUAGCCUGCCGACAACGGCCUUAUCGCGCGAGUUCGCUACGUCACAGGGCGCAUCAGCCUCUCACCAGCCGCCGCCGACUCCUCUCCUGCGGUCCCACCGCAGCAUCGCCGCCCUAUCUGCGAGGAGCAACGAGAAGCAGGUUCGCAAGGCCAAGAGCUGGUACGGUUCCUGGCCAAGAGCACCGAACAAAGCCUGGGCCUCGACGUCGGUUGCGCGGGAAAAUAUCCUGGGCGGCACGCUCAGGGCAGCCAGAGCCUCGGACCUGAGUCGCUUCGAGCCGAAAAAGGGCGACGACGCUGUGAGCAUGCUCAGCGCAUGCACCGCUUUGCCACUGCCCGGUGUGCCAGAGAACGCCAUGACGACAGACGAGAACGACCAAAGGGACGUCAAGCCCCCGUCAUCAGAAAGAGCAGGGAAGAACGCAUCAGGCGACGCAAAACUACGAGUUCUCUGGCUGGGCUGGUGGUCGAGAACGCCCGUUGCCGAGGACCAGGCAGAGUCAUCAGCGAACUGUGCGCUGCCUGAAGCCGAGAACGAUACCGAUGUGCCUCGGCAGCCUGUCCUUAUUCCUCCCGAGCAAACUGCACCUGAUGAUGCGUCUACCGUGUCGGCCCCGGCCAGCGCGCCGACAUACGCAUCGACGUCCUGGUUUGGAUUCUGGUCGUCUUCCAGCGAUGCCAAACCGCCGCCAGAGGCCAGCGCCGAAGACGCCACGGCCGAGGGGGGAGCCGAGGAUACCGUCAUGACGGACGCGGCCCCUGCUGCAGCACCUCCAGCCCCAUCACUGCCUCAGAAGCGUGAGCCAGCGCCCAAGGCUGGCUCCACGUGGGCUUUCUGGUCGAGGGAAUCGCCCAAGGCGGGCAGUGAGGUGGCGACUUCGGAGGCAGGCGAAAUUGCGGUCAUGGGCGAGGGCUCCGAGGCCCGUCCGCAGCCCAUGGCCGAGGGCGACGUCUCGGGGUCGCGGAGCAGGGGUCAGAAGGCGGACCCCAAAGCAAAGCUGGGUCGCAAGACGACAUGGCGCAGAGCAGACAUUGCGUCGGAGCCCGAGCCCGAGCUCAAUGCAACGCCAGCCACGCCCAGGACGGAGACGCCGACCGAAGGUGCCGGCGACGCGGCGGCUGCAGCAACCAAGCUGCCGCCCAACCUGGUGCUGCCCUGCUUCACCAGCACCUACGAGAUGAAGGAAAACCCGUCGAUCCUGCGGCAAAUCACAAACUUUCUGCUGCGUACGUCGCAGCCGGCGGCCAACCACGUGCUGCGCGUCAAGGACACGCCGCGGAUACGCAAGGCCCUUGCCAUUGGCGUUCACGGGCUCAUCCCCGCGACGUACCUGCGGCCGAUGAUCGGGCAGCCGACGGGCACAUCGCUGCGGUUUGCGAGCCUGGGCGCCGAUGCGAUCCGCAGGUGGGCCGACGCACACGGGUGCGCUGACUGCGACAUUGAAAAGGUGGCGCUCGAGGGCGAGGGCCGCAUCGGCGAGCGCGUCGACAACCUGUGGAAGCUGAUGCUCAACUGGAUCGACCACAUCCGGCGGGCCGACCUCAUCGUCGUGGCGUCGCACUCGCAGGGCGUACCCGUCAGCAUCAUGCUACUGGAGAAGCUCAUUGAGCUGGGGCUAAUCACCGACGCGAAGAUUGGCGUGUGCGCCAUGGCCGGCGUCGCCCUCGGGCCCUUUCCCGACUACCGGUCCAGCAUCCUGAUGGGCUCGGCCGCCGAGCUGUGGGACUUUGGCAACCCGCAGAGCGCCAUUUCGCUGCGCUUCGAGACAGCCCUCAAGCGCAUCCUCGACUACGGCGCGCGCGUCACCUUUAUCGGCAGCAUCGACGACCAGCUGGUGCCCAUGGAGUCCGCUGUCUACUCGCCGGCCAGCCACCCGUACAUCUACCGCGCCGUCUUCAUCGACGGACGCAUCCACGCGCCCGACUUCAUCGCGCACCUGGUCGGCUUCGCGCUGAAGCUGCGCAACUUGGGCAUCUCGGACCACGGGCUGAUCCGCGAGCUGUCGGCGCCGCUGGCCGGCUCGCUGUACUCGGGCGAGGGCCACUCGCGCCUGUACUACGACGACGCCGUCUACGACCUGGCCGUGGCGCACACGCUCGAGACGUCGGCGGUGCCCCGCGGCGUCCCCUGCCAGAUGCGGCCGCAUGCGGGCGCCGCCGCGGAUGGUGGUGGUGGUGCAGGGCUGCUAGCGUCGCCAAAUCCCUACGUGCUCCCCUGGAUCAUGCGCGGCGUGCUCGAGGAGGACUUUGUCAAGACGGAGCUUGGCGCCGAGACGGAGGAGCUGCUGCGCCAGUUUGACGACUGGAGGCCCACGACAAAGGCCCUGCGCGACGUCAAGUACCGCCUCGAGGCUGUGCGGUCCAAGCUAUAG